AUGGCCUCCAACAAGCCCGCCCCCUUCCUCACCCGAGUCCACUACUACGACUCCCCCACCCGCAACACCACGGCCGACGGCCCGCACACCAUCCCCGCCCUCACCAAGAUCGCCGCCCGCCUCGACCCCGCCAACGGCGGUCCCGGCUACUCCAUUGUCGAGUUCCGCAUGCGCAGCUCCUACGUCGGCUACGGUACCUCUAGUCUCACCGAGGAUGUUGCCCACAUUACCGCCCUCGUGAAAUACCUCCGCUCCAUCGGCAAGUCCAAGAUUGUCCUCUGCGGUCACUCUACGGGCACUCAGGACAUCAUGGAAUACGUCAACUCGGGCGCUCAAGACUCCCAACCUGUCGACGGUUUCGUCCUCCAAGGCCCUGUUUCCGACCGCCAGUCGAUUGAGCUCCUCGGGCAAAUGUUCCCAGACCAUGACUUUGCCGACACCCUCGCCUGCGCAGAGCAGUACAUUGCCGAAGGCAGGAAGAAUGACUGUCUCCCUACUGCAAAGCUCCCUCCCAUCUUCGCCGGCGACCCAAUCUCCGCCUAUCGGUACCACUCCCUCGCAACCAAGGACCUCUCCGACGAGUUCGUCAACCGCGUCUGGGGCCGCUUCGCGAAACCCAUCCUCGUCCUCCAUUGCGCCGACGAUGAGUUCGUGCCACCGCACGUCGACAAGGCCGCCCUCGUCGACCGCUGGGCAAAGGCCACCUCCCACAUGAGCCCGCUUUCCGGCGUGCUCCCCAACGCGAACCACACCCUGGAUUCCGAUGAGGCCAUCCAGGGUGUCAAGACAGGGGACGACGAGCUCAUGUUCGUUUCGCCCGCUCAGGGAUGGCAUAGCAACUGA